AUGCGAGUCGGCCUGGAUGACAAUCAGAUUAGCGAUGCUGAGGCACAAGCGAUUGCUGAGGCACUCAAAGUGAACACGACGCUUGACACGCUCAAAGGUCAGUCCGAGUGCUCACGAACGGAGGGGACGGACAGCCUGCGAGAGAAUCAGAUUGGCGCUGCCGGAGCGCAGGCGAUUGGUGAAGCACUCAAGGUGAACACGACACUGGCUGUGCUCAGUUUGUAUCAGAAUCAGAUUGGCGAUGCUGGAGCGCAGGCCAUUGCUGAGGCACUCAGAGUGAACAAGACGCUGAAGGAGCUCUAG